AUGGCAUGUAUUAAAUUGAAAUGCUUCUCUGAAUCCAACACACCUAAAAUCACUGUUAUGGGGCCAGCAAGAUUAACCAGCAUGUGUCUUGAAAAUGGCUUGUGGAUACAAGUGCAAAACAAGAGCAUCGGUAUUUUACAGGAGGCAAAAAGCACUCGAAGCAAGGGCAAUUUGAUUUUCUCAAGGAUGCUUUAUAUCACUGCUCCACGACUCCAGCUCGUAUACACCAAGCCAUAUGCUGAGGACAUUCAUGUUUAUGUUCUCGUGUCAUUCGCCAUCAAGUCACUGCUUGGUUGCAAAAUAUUGUUUAAGCAUCAUUAUUGUGCUCUCAACCAUCAUAGAGAUAUGGACCGCAACAAAUUCAAACCAGACAAUCUCUACUAUGUCAAGAUCAGAUCCAAGCGCUUUGAUAUCUAUGUCACAGACAUUAAAUCCUCAAAGUGUUCAGCGCCGGCUCCUGCUUCUGAUUUGGUAAAGAUUGGGCAACAAAAUGAACAAGAUGAUCAACAGCUUGGUAGCACUGAAGGUUCCCUCGCCUGUGGUUGUUGGCAUAUUGGCUGA